CACGUCGCCAAGAUGUCGCAGGCGUCGCACAAGCUCGUUCGCCCCGUCACCAUGCUCGUGCUGCUUCUCGGAGCGUCGCUCGCCGUCGCCAGGCCCGCUCGUGCGACGUCGCCCGGCUCGCCAGGGCCUAUCGAUGCGAUCUUCGUGUUCGGCGACUCGCUUCUCGACGUGGGGAACAAUAAUUACGGCCCGGCCGACUGGCCCAAGAAUAACUUCGCGCCGUACGGCACUAACUACAUCCCCGCGUCGGGCCGCGUUUGCGACGGCAAGCUGACCGUCGAUUACCUCGCGGAGUGGCUGGGCUUCCCCGGGUCGCCUCCGCCGUACCUGCAGCCAGGCCGCAAUGCGACGCUCGGAGUGAGCUUCGCCAGCGCUGGCGCCAGCUUCAACAUUACGGGAUACACCCUCCCGGCCUUCCAGGCAUCGCAGCAGCUGCAGUGGUACGCCAAGCUCCAGUCCGACGUGAACGCAGCAGCAGGCGCCGACCCGCUCCUCCCCAAGUCCCCAGCCGUCUUCGCCUCCGCACUCCACAUCGUUGGGCUCGGCGCCAACGACUACCAGAUCCUCUUCUUCGGAGAGCGCGUCAACGAGAGCACCAUCCCGAGGCUCGCCGCGGGGGGUUCGCAGCAGGCGCGGGAGUUUGCUACCGCGGUGGUGGGAGCGGUUGAGGCGUAUGUGAGGGGGCUGUAUGGGCUGGGAGCAAGGCGGUUUUUGCUGUCGGAGCUGCCGCCGUUUGGGUGCGCGCCGCUGUGGCGGCAGGCGCUGCAGCAGGCGCAGUGCGUGGCGGUGCUGAAUGGGUACGCUCAGGCGCACAACCGCCUGCUGGCUGCUGCUGCGGGGAGGCUUAGGGAGGAGCUGGUGGGGUCGCAGAUUCUGCUGACCAAGGUGUACGGCCUUGUGGAGACCGCUGUCGCUGAUCCCGCAACUGUUGGCCUCCUGGAGGGUAGCAACGCCUGCUGCGGUGGCCCGCCUCCCCUCAACGGGCUCGUGCAGUGCGGCACCACGGCCAACCUGGGUGGUAACCCGGUAACCGCAUCGCAGUGCAGCCGCCCGCAGGACGCGGUGUUCUGGGACCAGUUCCACCCCACCGAGUCCCUCAACCGCAUUCUCGCCCGCAACUCGUUUGUUGGCCGCCAGGACUCCAUCACUCCCAUGAGCGUGCGCGACCUGGCCCAGCUGGCCCGUGGCCAGAAGUUCGAGGAGGUGCUCGCUUCUGCCUCGCUGCUCGUGGAGGCUGCUUCCUCGGCUCCUCGUGGUGACGAGCAGUCAGGCUCCAGUGCGCCCCGCAGUGAGGUGGCGGUAGCAUCAGCGCUGGAGGUGUUUCAGAGCCGAGUGGACCUCUUUCAAGCCGCCUGCGACCGGGCUCAGCAGCAAGUGGAUGCAGCAAGGCACCGGCUGCUGUCGGAAAGCCUGGUGGACGAAGCAAGAGGCGCAGCAGUUGACACAUCUGCUGUGGGUGCAGCAGGAGGAGAGGGGGAGGCGCAGAUGGUGCUGGGAGCAACUCGGUUGGAGCAGAUCAGCAAGGCUGUGAGAGCCAUGGUGCAGGACCUGCAGCACGGGCAUGCAGACAAGCACUGA